AGACUUACUUAUCCGGUGUUGGGACAUCCUACACACACUUGGCAUUUUCUAAUUUCUGAGCAACCAAACAACCCGCUAAACAAAGCUUCUCUCUGCCUCUAAGGGACUCUCAGUGAGUGUGAAGAACCCAAAUGCGUAUAUCCUCUUCCCAUGUCAAAAACUCGAAGCUCUGUUUCAAGGUGAUGGACUGAUGAGUAAGCCUUUUUGGCGUGGUUCUUCUACAUGGAGGAGAGCCACUGCAGUAUCAACAAGGGAUCCUCAAACUUUGCUUUGAUGGGUUUCUCUGACAGACAUGAACAGGUGCUCCAUCUUCUUCUCAGACCAUUGUUUUCGAGUCUUCUCUCAUCGGUCACACUUGGGUUUUGCUUCAAAUUAUUUGCCUCUCUUCUGUCUAAGAAGAUUUCUGAGCCAGGGACAUUCCAUCUCAGGCUCAACUGAUGCCAGACCUUUUCCUGAUUAUUCCCCCAAAAAACCAACCAUCAGAGACUCUGAAUUCAUACAUCAGAUCUCAACAGUAAUAAAACUACGCCGCUCUGAGCCUCUCCGCCGCAUUCUAAAGCCUUAUGAAUCCAAGUUCAGGCCUGACCACCUAAUUUGGGUUCUCAUGGAUAUUAAGAAUGACUAUAAACUGGUUUUGGAUUUUUUUGACUGGGUGUGCCUACAGAGAGACCCAACACUAGAAGCCCGUUGUAUUGUUGUUCAAAUUGCAGUGGCAUCAAAGGAUCUAAAAUUGGCUCAUGAGCUUAUUCGUGAGUUUUGGGCAAAACCCAAUUUAGACAUUGGUCUUUCAUACUCUCAUUUUGUUGACAGGUUGAUAUACACUUAUAAGGACUGGGGUUCAGAGCCCUAUGUAUUUGAUAUUUUCUUUCAAGUCCUUGUUGAAGCUGGGUUGUUCAAUGAAGCAAGGAAAUUCUUUGACAAACUGUCGAAUUAUGGGUUGAUUAUCUCUGUUAAAUCUUGUAACCUAUUACUUACUUGUCUCUCAAACAAUUCUGAUGGGAUUGAGAUGGCAAUAAAGGUUUUCAACGAAUAUCCUGAAUCAGGCGUUUGUUGGAACACUGCAUCAUAUAAUAUCAUUAUUCACUCCCUUUGUCAAUUAGGGAAGAUAAAAGAAGCCCACAAUUCACUUGUGCAAAUGGAGUUGAGGGGUUUAAUGCCUGAUGUAGUAAGUUAUGGUACCAUCAUAAGUGGUUAUUGUCAUCUUGGCGAACUGAAGAAGGUUUUGAAACUUAUUGAGGAAAUGCAAAUAAAGGGAUUGAAGUCAAACCCCUACACCUACAACAGUAUAAUACUUCUUCUGUGUAAGGCUGGUAAAGUAGUUGAAGCAGAGAAGGUAUUCAGGGAGAUGAUGAACAAGGGCAUUUUUCCAGAUAAUGUGGUAUACACAACUCUUGUUGAUGGUUUCUGCAAGUUGGGUAAUGUUCCAACUGCAUAUAGGCUGCUUGAUGAAAUGAAGGCUAGGAAAAUUGUUCCUGAUUGUAUAGCAUAUACAGCUAUUAUCCAUGGGUUUUGCCAGACUGGAAAAAUGAUGGAAGCAGUUAAACUGUUCCGUGAAAUGAUUAGUGGAGGGUUGGAACCUGAUGAAUUUACUUACACAGCGCUUAUUGAUGGUUAUUGCAAGGCAGGUGAGAUGAAAGAGGCCUUUGCUCUUCACAACCAAAUGGUUCAGACAGGGAUUACCCCAAAUGUUGUCACUUACACUGCACUUGCUGAUGGCCUUUGUAAAAGAGGUGAGGUAGACACUGCAAAUGAGCUUCUUCAUGAGAUGCGUGAAAAGGGCCUUCAACUUAAUGUAUGCACUUACAACUCAAUUGUUAAUGGUCUUUGUAAAGCUGGAAAUCUAGUGCAAGCAGUAAAGCUGAUGAAAGAAAUGGAGAUGGCAGGGUUCCAUCCUGAUACUAUUACUUAUACCACUCUCAUGGACGCUUAUUGUAAGAUGGGGGAGAUGGCUACGGCGCAUGAGCUUCUGCGGGAGAUGCUGGAUAAAGGUCUUCAACCUACAAUUGUCACAUUCAAUGUGCUCAUGAAUGGGUUUUGUAUGUCAGGAAUGUUGGACGAUGGUGAGAGGCUACUAAAAUGGAUGUUGGAGAAGGGCAUAAAGCCAAAUGCGACCACCUAUAAUUCUCUUAUGAAGCAUUACUGCAUUAGAAAUAAUAUGCGUGCCACAACUGAGAUUUACAAGUGCAUGUCUGCGCAAGGAGUGAUGCCUGAUAGCAACACUUAUAACAUUCUAAUAAAGGGGCAUUGCAAAGCAAGGAAUAUGAAAGAGGCUUGGUUUUUGCACAGGGAGGUGGUUGAGAAGGGAUUUGAUCUCACAGCUAGUUCCUACAAUUCCCUUAUCAGAGGUUUUUAUAAGAGGAAGAAAUUUAUGGAGGCUAGGGAACUAUUUGAAGAGAUGAGAAAACAAGGAUUGACUGCAGAGAAAGAUAUAUACAACAUUUUUGUCGAUAUGAACUUUGAAGAAGGGAACAUGGAAAUCACUCUUGAGCUUUGUGAUGAGGCAAUAGAGAAAUGUCUAGUGGAUAAAGCUAUGAAUGAAAAUACAUAGCUAAUUUGUUGGAGAUACUUUGAUGUGAUUUUCGCGGACUGAAGCUAUCAAUUUUGGUUGCAUUUACCUGCAUGGUGGGAUGGUAUGACAUACUAGCCUGUUGUACCCAGAAUCAUGGUGUCAUUCAUUCUCCUGAUCUUACUUGAAUGGAUACAAGAAUCUUGGUGAAGUUGGUGUUACCAGAUAAAAGUUUUGUGAAGGGAUACAAGAAUCUUGGUGAAGUUGGUGUUACCAGAUCGAAGUUUUGUGAAUGGAUACAAGAAUCUUGGUGAAGUUGGGUUACCAGAUAAAAUUUUUGUGAGGAAACCGGGUACUUGCAUUCUAGCAUUUAGCCAAGAAGAGAAGCUGAAGCAGGUUUUUAGGUAUUACCAGUUUAAAUGGAAAUAAAGUCACUUCAAGGGAAAAUUUUAGAGCAAAAAGAGAUGAGUUGGAUUAGUACCUCAAAAUUUUGUAUCUUCUGACCUGGAUGCUUCCAGCAAAGGAAAAGUACCUCAAAAUUUUGUGGCUGUUGCAAAGAGUUUCAUCAAUUGGAGCUCCUUCUCAACUGAAAAGGUACUCCUCUUUUUUUCUAUAUAAGCUUUUACUUGGUCUCACUCUCAUAAUGAGCUAUACCGUUUGUUUGAAAAUUACUUUGUACAAAUAAAUGGCACUGUAAUUGCAAAGCAUGAUAAUGUUGUAAUUGUAAAGAAUGAGAACCAUAUCUUGAUUACACUUGAUUUGUAUGAACCUUGUACUCCAAUACAAGUACCUCAUCUAAAAAUUUUU